AUGUCUAUUGAACUUGAACCAUCCGCUCAACUUGGCUUUCACAUUUACAUUGAUACUAACCACCUCAUAUGUUUCUGUGUGCAAUUAAAAGGGCCAUUGACAGAAGCCAUCAAGGAGUCGCUCUUCAUUCGUAAUCCAACUCAGCUGCCUAUUGCAUUCAAGGUCAAGACUACAGCUCCAAAACAGUAUUGUGUGCGUCCCAACUCUGGUCGCAUCGAGCCUGGCCAGGAACUGGAGGUGCAAGUUCAAAUGCAGGCUAUGAAGGAGGAUCCACCAGCGGACUUUAAAUGCAAAGACAAGUUCUUGGUCCAAAGUGUAGCGAUUACAGCCGAGCGUGAACAAUUAUCGCUUGCAGACUUGUGGCCGGCGAUUGAAAGAGAUGCCAAGGAUCAGAUUCGGGAAAAAAAGAUUCGCUGUGUCUUCUUACCACCAGUUGGUCAGGAGGCCAUCCCACAGACUGCAGAGGAAAACGAGCAUGGGUCUACAUCGCGGGCCUCAUCUGCACCUCACAGUGCUCAUAGCACCAUCAAUGGCCGCUCUGCUUCAGCUGCAACUCCUACUUCACCCACGCAUCCAGUUACUGCUGAUGUCUCUGCCCAGUCGACUCUGCCAUCAGCAGCAACAGCGUCAUCAACAACAGGACCAUCAUCAUCAGCAGCAGAGGUCACAGCGCUCAAGCGCGAGCUACAGAUUGCUCAUGAGACGAUUCAGAAGCUUCAAGGCGAAACAACUACGCUCCGUCAGCGUGUUAAGGUCGAAGCCGGAUCUUCAUCCUCAUCCUCAUCAGGACCAGUGAUGACUGCCAUCAACUUGAAGCCCCAGCAAGAAGGGUAUCCCGUCACCUACGUGAUCGGAGCUGCUGCUGUCGCCUUCUUGUUCGCCUAUCUUUUCUUCUAA